AUGCGUGAGAGCGUUCUUCUCUCGGACUUCUUUCUACCACCAUCCGCUAUUAAGCUAGGACGUUUCGUCACCAAUAUCGAUGAGCCUCAGCGAGAUUACUACGAUCCGAGACCAGGUCAAUAUUUCAACACUAUCGAGAAAGUUGCAACCCAGUACGACGGCGUUGACUCUCUAAGAGCUCAACGUAAUUUUGGCUCUGACCUUACCACGUUCUUCUCCUCCUCUGUGUCAAAGCGUACAAAUGCUUCGAUUCAUAUUACCACCAAGCAAAUAAAGACAUAUUACUUGGACAACAAUAACCAGUGGUUCCGGGAUGCCGUGAAGUCGCAAGAUGUCCAGAAGUGGAUGGAUCGUACUAGUGAUGAGGGAGAGAACAUAUAUCUUGUGGUUGGCUACCACACCGCAUUGGAUGCUAGAAUCACCGAGCAAUCACGGGAACAGAAGACUUUAGAUGGAAAAUUGGCUAUCCCACUUUCGACUGCAUUGGCAGUAUCAGGAGUUGUUAUGCCAAUUGUUGGACCAGCCGAUCCUGGACUAGCUGGCUCGAAGGGUUUCACAGAAGACUUGCAACGUCAAUUUGUGGCUCAAGGCGAGCAAAUCAUCGCGGUCCAAUAUCGCAAGGUUUGUUUUCGAUUUUUCUGCAGCAAACACGCUGACACAGCAACGCUAUCUAAAGAGGCGAGAUGGGAGAGAUACGACCGCCCUCGGUACCUUCAGAGUGACAUAGAAGACAUGGUGGAGGUUACACUGGAUGAUGAACUGUCGCUGGAAAGUGACCAUGACAUGCACAUAGCCGGAUCGGAGGAAAUUAUCUUUUCGAACAUUGGUGUUGACUCAGGAUAG